GGGACAAUGAACUAUAAAUAUUUAUUUCCUCUUGGUUUCUCUUUCCUGGUUACAUAAUUUCUUUGUGAAACAAAAGCACAGGAACUUAAGGACAUGACACAGACGUCACAUCUACAGUCAGUAAAAAGGACAAAGGUGUACAGACCUGAAGUUUCAGAUUGUUUAUAAGGCAGAAAGAAUAAAGGUAUUACAAAAGGUUCUUUGAAGGAUACAAUAGAAGAACAUUUUUUGGAAAAGAGACAUGUCUAACUUCCUGGAUCGUUUGAGGAACUUCUUUUUGUCACACCCGCUUACUUCAGAACAUCCACCAGCUCCUGAACCUCUUGAAGAACCAUGGAGACCAGUGGACUGGAGUAAUGAAGAAAGACAACGGAUGUUAGACGAAAUGAGAGAUUUCCAGGUUAGCACUUCAAAGGUCAGCAAUCUCAGGAUUCUGCUGCACGGACCAGUAGGUUCUGGGAAGUCCAGCUUUUUCAACUCAGUUAACACUGUCUUCCAAGGCCGUAACACUUGUGAUGCCCCGGCAAAUUCAACAGCUGGGAACAGCUUCACUUUGCAGUACCAAACCUUCAAGUUGAAGAAAGACAGAGAUGGAGCUUUCUUUCCUUUCGUAUUCAGUGACAUGAAGGGUCUGGAACCAGAUAAUACGAAAACGGUUCAAACUGAAGACAUAGUCAAUAUAUUAAAGGGCCAUGUGCAAGAAGGCUACACAUUUACUUCUGAGAAGGCGAUUAUUGAGGACGACAAAUACUACACCAAAUCUGAAGACGUCAAGCCAGAUGACAAGGUUCACUGUCUUGUCAGUGUUGUACGAGGAGACAUAGCAAAAGAAAACAUUAACUAUGAUCGAGAGGACAUUAAUCAAAUGAUAAAAGUACGGGAAAAGGCACGAGACUUGGGAAUUCCUCAGGUCACCCUCAUGACAAUGGUGGAUAGAGCAUGCCCACUCGUUUCAAAAGACCUGAAAAUGGUCUACAGGAGCAGAAAAAUCAAAGAGAAGAUGGAGGAGUACAGUAAUUUACUUGGAGUUCCAAUGAACUGCAUCUUCCCUGUAAAGAACUACAGCGAGGAAAUCUCCACCAACAUCAACGGGGAUCUUCUCAUUCUCACAGCACUGAAUGAUAUUGUUAAUUUUGCCAAUGAUUAUGUGGAAAGGGAGUAUGAAUAAUCCUCCCUUUCAGUACAUGGGAUGAGUUUGGACAAGAGAACCAUUAUAUUACAUUCUUUCUAAGCUUCUUUAAAAAUAUGUUUGGCCAGGCAGUGAAGAUUUUGCAUUUAGCAAGAGAACUGCAUUCUGUAUUGGUUCUGUAUUAAAUGCUAGACGGAUGCUAGAAUGUCAUCCACAGCAAAAAUAGACUAUACAAAUAUUUUUUUCAGAAUAUAAUCUGUAUACCAUUUUUUUAUUACAAGAACAUGCCCAAAAACAUUAUUUAUAUUAACUCCUGCAUUUACUACUUGCUUAUACACUUUUAAUCAUACGUUGGUCGCUUAGUGUGCAACACUUUAAAUUUAAACUUAACACUUGUAAGAUGUGUAAGAAAUAUGUUUUUUUUGUCUGUAAUGCACAAAAAAUAAGAAUCUAAUAUUCUACUAUAAAACCUAUAUAGCAAAUAAAUCCAAUUAAGAUAUUUAAUAGUUUUUUUAUUUCCAUUGCAUUAAAUGCCUGUGUGUAGUGUUAUUUCAUGAACCAUCCAUAAACAUUAAAAACAUGAUUAAAAUGUGUUGUUAAUCACAUUAAAUUAGUAAAAACUAGGUGUUAAUGGAUGCAGGGUCUGAAAGGGUUAAGUUAUCUUUCCCAGCAUAAUACUACUGGCUCUUUUUUGAUUUACUAUCUUCUUUAGAAAUUCUAAUGAGGUCUAGAUUGAGAGAUUGGAAUAGCUAUCUAUAUACAGUAUAAACAGUAUAUAUUCUCUUAAUGAGUGUGUGCUUAAUGACUGUGUCUGUAAUAUUGGUUUGAAUAUCAUACCUAUGUGUAAAUGAUCAAUUCUAUACUUUUACAUGCUUAUGAUGUGUGAUUUAAAUGAGGAAUAUAUGAAAUUCAGGUAUUCUGUGCUCCUGUAUAAAGCACAUAUUUAGCAAGUGUGCAAAAGCAGAAUUUGAAAGACAGAAAGUGUGUUUUUUAUAUGAAUGAAUGAUGUAUUUUGUUUUUUUUCUUCUUAAAUUAUCUUUUUGUCAUUUUAAUAUACACAUCUUUUCCUGUUAUUGAGUAAUUUUAAUAAACAUGACAAGCAA